AUGGAGUCCAACCUGCAGGGGCCGUUCCUGCUCAACAACACGCCACUGGCUCAGUUCUCGGAGGUCAAGGCCCCCGUGUGCCAGUACUCGGUGCAGAAUUCCUUCUACAAGCUCAGCCCGCCAGCGCUGGGCCCCCACCUGUCCGCCGGGACCCCCCACGGGAUCACGGACAUCCUGAGCAGGCCCGUGGCCGCACCCAACGGCAGCGGCCUCCUCUCCAGCUACCCCCAUGUGGCAGGCUUUGGGGGCCUCGGCUCCCAGGGGGUCUACUACAGCCCCCAGGUGGGAAACUUCUCCAAGACUGUCGGUGGCGGCGGCGGCGACUACCCCACCCGGACCCGGAACUGCUGGGCGGACACGGCCCAGGAGUGGCGCAGCGGGCGGCAAUGCGGCAGUGCCGCAGACCCCCUGAACGACGGCAUCCACAAGAAGAAGCACACACGACCCACCUUCACGGGCCACCAGAUCUUUGCCCUGGAGAAGACCUUUGAACAGACCAAGUACCUGGCUGGUCCAGAGAGAGCCCGGCUGGCGUACUCACUGGGAAUGACCGAGUCACAGGUCAAGGUGUGGUUCCAGAACCGGAGGACCAAGUGGCGCAAGAAGAGCGCCCUGGAGCCGUCGUCCUCCACGCCCCGAGCCCCUGGCGGCGCGGGCGCAGGCGGGGACCGCGCGGCCUCGGAGAACGAGGACGACGAGUACAACAAGCCGCUGGACCCCGACUCGGACGACGAGAAGAUCCGCCUGCUGCUGCGCAAGCACCGCGCCGCCUUCUCCGUGCUCAGCCUGGGCGCGCACAGCGUCUGA